GUGAAGCUGGGUGGGCACCCCCUCCGGAAAAUCACUCUGCUCCUCAACAGACGGUCCGUGCAGGGCUUUGAGCAGCUCUUGGCCGACAUCUCAGAGGCCCUGGGCUUCCCCAGAUGGAAGAACGAUCGCGUGAGAAAACUCUUUAACCUCAAGGGCAGGGAGAUCAGGAGUGUCUCGGAUUUCUUCCGGGAAGGGGAUGCUUUCAUAGCCAUGGGCAAAGAGCCGUUGACGCUGAAGAACAUUCAGGUAGCUAUAGAAGAACUGUACCCCAGCAAAGCCCGGGCGCUGACACUGACCCAGCACAGCCGAGCCCCUUCUCCCAGGCUAAGAAGCAGGCUUUACAGCAGGGUCCUGCGAGGGGGGCACCACUGUGGGGAGACGGAGACUGCCAAGAGCUGUGGGGAGGCUGCCCGGUCCAAGGCAGCCAGCAGACAUCAGGGAAAGGACCCUGCGGAGCCAGCGCUGGGGGACAGGGCCAGGCCGCAGAAGAAGUGGGUCGGGGGAAAGUGGGACCCCGAGCCCGGCAGCAGACCGCCCAGGGAAGCUACUCUGGAGAGACCUGCGAGUGGAGAGAAGCACCAGGGCGUGGAGAUCGAAAGGACCUCUGGUGAGAUCAUCCGAUGUGAGAAGUGCAAGAGGGAGCGGGAACUCCAGCAGGGCCUGCAGAGGGAGCGGCUGUCCCUGGGGACCAGCGAGCUGGACCUGGGGAAGUGCCACAGGUAUGAUGCCUCGGAGAAGCUGGUGAGGACCAGGAGUUGCAGGAGGUCCCCAGAGGCCCACCCUGCAGCCGGGGAGGAAGGGUGGAAGGGCGAGAGCCACAGGAGCAGCCCCAGGAACCCCACUCAGGAGCUGAGGAGGCCCGGGAAAAACCCGGACAAGAAGGAGGACAGAGACCUCGAAUGUCAGGAAGGUCAUGCUCAGGCAGCCACCAAAGCCAAGCGGGAGCUUGGGGAAGCCCAGCCGGUCAGAGAGGAGGGGUUGCGGGACGUGAAGAGGGAGGCCAGGAGCGCCUGCAGGAACAGGCCGGGUGGCUGGCAGCCCAGGGAGCAGCAGGCAGAGCCCGAGGCGCUCCCCGGGCCGCGUGGGGCCGAGCAGGACGCAGACCGGGAGAAGCAGCCCUGUAUGCAGGCGUCAGGGGCCAGGAAGCCGGCCACUCGCGGGGAGAGGGAGCCCAGGGGCGGCCGGAAGCGGCGACCGGCGGGCCUGCUGGCCACAGACGUGCACAAGCACUACGAGGCGGGCCGCGUGCUUGGGGACGGCAACUUCGCGGUGGUCAAGGAGUGCCGGCACCGCGAAACCCGGCAGGCCUACGCCAUGAAGAUCAUCGACAAGUCCAAGCUCAAGGGCAAGGAGGACAUGGUGGACAGCGAGAUCCUGAUCAUCCAGAGCCUCUCGCACCCCAACAUCGUGAAGCUGCACGAGGUGUACGAGACGGAGGCGGAAAUCUACCUGAUCAUGGAGUACGUGCAGGGCGGGGACCUCUUUGACGCCAUCAUCGAAAGCGUCAAGUUCGCCGAGCGCGACGCCGCCCUCAUGCUCAUGGACCUGUGCCGGGCGCUGGUGCACCUGCACGACAAGAGCAUCGUGCACCGGGACCUCAAGCCGGAAAACCUGCUGGUUCAGCGAAACGAGGACAAAUCUACCACCUUGAAACUGGCUGAUUUUGGCCUCGCAAAGCAUGUGGUGAGACCUAUAUUUACUGUGUGUGGGACUCCGACUUACGUAGCUCCUGAAAUUCUUUCUGAGAAAGGUUAUGGACUGGAAGUGGAUAUGUGGGCCGCAGGCGUGAUCCUGUAUAUCCUAUUGUGUGGCUUCCCCCCGUUCCGCAGCCCGGAGAGGGACCAGGACGAGCUCUUUAACAUCAUCCAGCUGGGCCACUUUGAGUUCCUGGCCCCUUACUGGGACAAUAUUUCUGACGCUGCCAAAGAUCUGGUGAGCCGGUUGCUGGUGGUAGACCCCAAAAAACGCUACACCGCCCACCAGGUCCUUCAGCACCCCUGGAUUGAAACGGUGGGAAAGACUAGCACAGGGAGCCUCCAGAAGGAGGUGCCCCUCAGCAGCGAGGGCCACAUCAGGAGCCAGCACAAGCGGUCAGCUGAGCAAGUCUCCUAGUCUCCGCCUUGGGUGCUAUGCAGUUCCCCUCCUCCAGGGACAGAGACCGAGACAGAAAUCCAGGAUGCAGACGCCGGGAGGGCUUCUGCCCGUCGUUGGAGAAUCAGGGGAAGGAGAGAUGCUUAGUAUAUUUUAAAGCAUAUUUUAAAAAAAUAAACUUGAGUCUUUAUGUUAAAUGUUAUACCGUAUUUUUAGAUUUGUAUAUUUGAAGACUUUAAUACAUUUUUCCGGGGGUGGGGGGCGAUAAGACGUCAGCAAGGACUUUUUGGUAACGAUGCUGUGUUUUGCUUUCUCCUUGUAAUCAAGUUCAUGGCAAACAAUAUGAGUGGUGCUUACCAGGAUCUAAACUCCCCCUGGGAGGAUGAACAAGGUGAAUCAUGGUCUCUCUGUAUUAAUAAAAUGUGCUCUAACUGACAGAA